CUCCAUGGAUUUCAGAUGCAGAUCUUCGUGAAAAUGGUGACGGGGAAGACGAUCACGCUGGAAGUCGAGAGCUCCGACACGAUCGAGAACGUGAAGGCAAAUAUUCAGGACAAGGAAGGCAUCUCGCCGGACCAACAGAGGCUGAUAUUCGCCGCGAAGCAGCUCGACAACGACUGGACGCUCUCCGAUUAUAAUAUCCAGAAGGAAUCCACCCUCCACCUCGUCCUCCGACUCCGCGGCGCCGCCGCCGCCACCACCACCACCACCAGGUUCCAUUGA